AUGGAAAUGGUUGUGAUCAUGAAUUCUUCUAAUGCAUCAAAUUCAAAUACCACAAACUCUACCUGUGGUUCAUUGCCCUCUUGUACGGCUACUCAAACUAAAGAUUCGGCAUGCGAAUGGGGUGAAAGCCAAUACCCAGUAAAUCAAAAUAUAAUUACUUUUUUGUUAUGUAACAAAUUAAUCUGUGGUGGUGGAAUCACUAGGCUUAUGGAGCAUCUUUUACAUAUUAAAGGGAAUGUUUCAUCAUGUCCAUAUGUGACAAUUUCCAUUAUGAACAAAGUUAGUCUGGUGUAUUCUGUAAAGAGGACCAAAAAAGCUCAUAGGGAUAACAUUGAUUUAGCAUACCGGCGUGCAAACAACUCAGAUGAAAGCUCUGAUACUGAGACCAAUAUUGAGGAACAAGAAGUUGAAACUGAUGGCAAUAUGGGCAGUGGUGGUGCUGGUGCCAGUCAACUAGUUUCUCAGAAUCAGGAAAAGAGAAAGCGGAUAAUUCAAAGUAAUAGUAGAGCAUGGAUAACUGAGAAUUCAGUAUCAUUUAACACCGUUCGUUGCCCAAGUUUCAAAGAAAUGAUCUAUGCAAUAGGCGACUAUGGGAAAGCUAUGCCACCGCCAUCUUACCAUCAGAUUCGUAAUAAUCUUUUCAAGGACCAGUUAGAAGAAAUGAAGAAAUUUGUUGAUACAUUUAGAACCAAUGAUGCUAAUUUUAUACGUGGGCUUGUAAAGGAGGUAAUUAACGAUGUCAGGGAAGAAAAUAUAGUUCAGUUCAUUACCGAUAAUGGUUCAAAUUUUAAAAAGGAAGGGAAAUAUUUAAUGCUUGAAUACCCAAAUAUGUUUUGGACUCCUUAUGGUGCUCAUUGUGUUCAGUUGAUACUAGAAGAACUUGGUGACAAGCUUCCAUGA